UUAAGCACGCGGAAUUCUCAUGCCAAAACUGGAUCACAAUUUACGAAGGAGCUCACCAAACGAGAACAAGAAUUCAAUCGACGAUUUGAAAAGAGUUUUGAUUUAACAGGCAAGGAUUACUCUAACAUUGAACUUCAAAUGGCCAAGGUAGCGCUCUCAAAUAUGCUCGGAGGUAUUGGUUAUUGGCAUGGAUACAACAAAGUCCACUUUGGUGGAGAUGCCAUUGUACCUUAUGGACCACACGAGUUGUUCUCAGCGGUUCCUUCUCGUUCGUAUUUCCCACGUGGAUUCCUAUGGGAUGAAGGUUUUCACAAUAUGUUGAUUCGCAAAUUCGAUCCCGAUUUGAGCAUUGAGGUCCUUGUGUCAUGGCUGAACACAAUGAGCGAAGAUGGGUGGAUACCGCGAGAAAUGAUCUUAGGAGUUCCUCCGGAAUUCAUCGUGCAAAGGACCAACGUUGCAAAUCCACCCAGCAUUUUCUACGUUGUCGAUCAAAUGCUGAGCGAUGAAAAGUUGCUUGCGAAGUACAGAGACGUUUGGGCUGGUAUAUAUCCAAGAUUAGUGGCAUGGUAUCGAUGGCUGCUUAGGAGUCAAGCUGGCAAAAAGGAGGGGACAUUCCGGUAA